UUAUUUUGAAUUAUUGUGAUAUAUAUUAUUAGAUUUAAAAAAAUAUGGCAACAUAUAGCAAGAGUGUGUUAGAUGCCCUAACAGAAAAUCCUGCCCGGCUUUUUGUUGAUUUUUUAAAAUUUCUCGAAUCUACACAGCCCACCACUGUUCCUUCUACAUCUGCUAUAAGGGUUACAUCUUCAGCACCUACUAUAACUAUUUCAUGUGUUCAACCUUCUGCUGAGCUAACCUAUCAAGACUACCUAUUAUAUAGGUCCCAGCAUCCUGGACCCACCAGCAAUAGUUCAUUUAAGCGAUGGGUCCGGUUAGGAGGAAAGGACCAUAAUUUUUUUAAAUGGCCCUAUCAUCCUCCUAACAAGGGUGCUGGGAGCCGCAGCAGAAGGGGAGGUGAUCGAGGUCGUGGAAGUGGAGGAAGCAGAGGGAGAAGAUGGAAUGGUGGCAGCCAAGUGGUUCAUGGACACUAUUAAAAUUAUUAGGCACCACCAUUCCUUUUUUUUUUUAAAUAUAUAUUUAGUUUCAGCAAGUCUAUUUUCCGUUCUUUUUCCAAUUUAUACAAUUAUCAACAUUUGCAUUAUAUUUUUUCAAAUUUUCACCCAAAAAAAUUUAAAAGCAAAACAUUGCAAUAGUCCCAAUGAAAUACUUUUUACACUUUUAAAAGUUGUAUUAUAUAAAUUUGUAAAGUUUACACUAUAGAUAGAUGUGAACCUUUCAAUAGAAUUAGGUUUUUUUUUAAGACUCUGUAGCCCACGUUAAAUGUAAUUUUAAAUCUAUGUGUAAUAUUUCAA